AUGGCUUUCUCAAAGUUUCGCAAUACACUCUUCACUAUCUUUAUCAUCAAGGCUUUUGUGAUGAUUAAAGUGCACCCAUCAGACAUUGAAACAACAUACCCCCUGACCCACUCUUUGCUACCUCGAGAUCUUCCUCCUUGCGAGCAGAGGUGGCCCCCUCAACCGUAUCCUACUGACAAAGAACGACAACACGCUCUGAACAUAGUCAAAGCUCAAAAGAAGGACUUUGGCUGGCGUCCGGAUCUUUGCAUCGACAAGCUGUGGAACUGCGUCUAUGUCCAGCCGAGUAUAAGCGAUCCUAUAGGUGGGUUUUCUCAGUCCGCAAGUUAUCCGAUUGACGAUAAUACCGCACGCGUCGAGAUUUACCAAUACUGGCAGUCUACAAUUUGGAAGGGUGAUGGUGGUACUGUCCUCUCAUACAUGGCACACGGUGUUGAUUACUCUUGCGUGACAGGAACCAUGGGAGUAACAUGGUUAGGCAACAAAUCAACCCUUGUUCACGACCCCAAAAAUGUCAAUAGUGAUGGGUACACCUGCGAUUGUCACUAUCCCCUCGAUGACGAUAAAAUUGUCUGGAUUGAAAAGAAGAAAUAG